AUGCUUUUUUUUAUAGAACAUAAAUCAUGGACUGGUUGUGGUAAACAUGUCCACGAAGUCAUGGACGUUUCAACCAAGGAUAACUGGUGUACUUGUGAACCAUUAGAUAAAGACGAAGUUGUUUUUGUUGAAGGUCAUGGCGUUUAUCCGCCAAAAGCUGGUCAAGGUUUAAGAAGAGGUAGUACUGUUGGUUCUCCAACUUUUUAG